AUGGUUCCGAAAAAAGAUACCGCUGAAAUCAGUGGAAGAGAUAUAUGGGCAAAUGUAUGGAGUGGUGUAAGCUCGCUGCUGGAUUUUUUCGCAGUGUUGGAAAACCUAGGUGUGGUCAAUGAUAAGUUAUAUGUAAGUGGGAUAUUGAGGAAAAUUUGGCUGUGCUACUCCUGCGUUUCAGUGAUUAAGUGUGUGUGGAAAUUAAUAAAGUUGUGCAAGGUAAAAUUUAAGAUUGAUCAACGACUAAAUGGCCAGGGGAAUGGUCUAAUAAAGGAUAAAUUGGUAAAUUUCAAGAAAAAGUAUAACGAUCAAAUUAGACAUAUUACUGCCGCUCUACUCCAAGACUUGAGCUAUUUGAUGGUUUUGAUUUAUCCAGGAACGAGGUUAUUUAAAAGACUAUCUAACAUAAUAACACUUUGUAGAAUAAUUGUAUAA